AUGUCUUGGGCGGGCCCCGAAGAUGUCUACCUCUCCACUUCUCUUGCCAGCUAUCUUGACAAAAAACUUCUUGUGCUGCUCCGAGAUGGUCGGAAGCUUUUGGGGAUUCUUCGUUCUUUUGAUCAAUUUGCCAAUGCUGUUCUCGAGGGUGCAUGUGAGCGAGUCAUUGUUGGUGAACUUUACUGUGACAUCCCUUUAGGUCUUUAUGUAAUCCGUGGGGAGAAUGUUGUUCUAAUUGGCGAGCUGGAUUCGGAGAGAGAGGAACUUCCACCACACAUGACUCGUGUUUCGGCUGCAGAAAUCAAAAGUGCACAGAAAGCAGAACGAGAAGCGUCUGAUCUUAAAGGUACCAUGAGAAAAAGAAUGGAGUUCCUUGACAUGGAUUAA